CAUAUCUUGCUAAAACUUUGCGACGGAACGCACAAGGAGAAAAAAGGCGACGAGGUGAGGAAGAGACGUUUAAUCAUCGGAGCGGCACGGCUGAUUUUGUAUGAAUCAAAACCCAGCCAGGUAUCGCAUCGCCGAACGCAGCGCUCGCAUGACUUCACUGCUUUAAAACAUUGCGUUACGACUGCGACGAUACAGCGCAGCCACAACGCCCGUGUUUUUGAGUCUUGGAAGUUCCAGUACAAUCUUAGACAAGUAGGUAUAUCUCUGACUACAAUACUGAAUAUCAUCAUCAUCACGUCCCCACUGCUGGGGCACGGGUCUCCUUCCAAUGAAGGAAGGAUUUAGGCCUAGUCCACCACGCUGGCCUACCUAACCUACCUAAUGAAGAAAGGUGGGUGCUACAAUAAACUGCCUACUCUGCUACUAAACAAAAGUGGGUCCAGCAAUGCACUACCUACCCUGCUAAGGUGUACACUCGAACAAGGCAAGAACUGCCUACCCUGCUUCUAGAGAAAAGUUGGUGCAGCAAUGCACUAUCUACCUAUUCUGCUAGGGUGUACUGACUCUAGAACAAGCCAUGUGCGUGAAAGACGAAGCUUUGAAUAUUUUCAUGAUUUUGUUGGUCGGCUCAGCGACGGAUAGCGGAAUACAAGGAACUUAAGUACUUCUCUAACGAGAAGACGGAAUCAGAAGUACGACAAGGCGGAAUUACCAUUUACUAUUAUUAUUCUGAGAUACCAACAAACCUUUUGUGUCGUUAUAGAAUGUGUCAUUUUAGUAUCAUCUGUGGCUGUGAUGUCACUGUCUGUCUCCUGUCAAUACUGUCACUUGUGUCAUUGUGUCAGCUGUUUGCUAUAUCGCCGUCAUUUUAUUUUUAUUUGUGAUUUUGAGGUGAAUUUACGCUAAAAAUAAAAACCAGUAGGUAUAGUUUAUUUGAAGGGUUAAAGUCCUCAAAACAGGAAAGUAGAAAAUAAUGCGCUCAAAAUGAGAACCCGCAGCAAUUCUGGGGUCCGAUUGGACUAUUACCAAAGGGUAGUGCACAAGCUUAUUUUGGAUCAUCAGCAACCUGUGACCGGGUUGUUUCCAGCCAGUCCUGAUAACGACCAUGCCUGGAUCAGAGACAACCUGUACUGCAUACUGGCAGUAUGGGGGCUUUCCAUGGCUUUUAAGAAGAUAGCCGAUCAAGAUGAAGACCGCGCUAAAACGUACGAGUUGGAGCAAAGUUGCGUGAAGUUAAUGAGAGGUCUUUUGAUGGCCAUGAUGCAACAGAAGCAGAAAGUAGAGAAAUUCAAAUCUACACAGAAUCCAUUGGACUCUCUCCAUGCUAAAUACUCCUCUGCCACCGGCCGCACAGUGGUGAAAGACGAUGAAUGGGGUCACCUGCAGAUUGACGCAAUCUCUCUCUACCUGCUCAUCCUCGCACAGAUGACCGCUUCCGGUCUCCAGAUUGUAUUUGUGCUUGAUGAGGUAGCCUUUAUUCAGAACCUAGUGUUCUACAUUGAGUCUGCAUACUGCACUCCCGACUAUGGCAUCUGGGAAAGAGGAGACAAGACCAACCACGGCCUGCCUGAGCUGAAUGCCAGCUCCAUUGGCAUGGCUAAAGCAGCUUUAGAGGCCAUGAAUGAGUUAGACCUAUUUGGUGCCCGAGGAGGGCCUUCCAGUGUCAUUCAUGUUUUAGCUGAUGAGGCACAGAAAUGCCAGGCUGUUUUGCAGUCAAUGCUGCCUAGAGAGUCAAACAGCAAAGAGCUAGACUCAGGUAUCCUGUCCAUCAUAAGCUAUCCAGCAUUUGCGGUUGACGACCCACAGUUGAUAGCGAGUACCAGAGAAGCCAUAAUAGCCAAGCUGCAAGGGAAGUAUGGAUGCAAGAGGUUUCUCAGAGAUGGACACAAAACUCCACGGGAGGAUCCAAAUAGAUUAUACUAUGAGCCAUGGGAGCUGCGGAUGUUUGAGAAGAUCGAGUGUGAGUGGCCUCUGUUCUUCUGUUACCUGAUCCUGGACUACUGCUUCCAAGGGGACAAGAAGAAUGUGGUGGACUACAUGGGGCGGCUGGAGCAGAUCAUGCUGAGGAAGGAUGACGGGAUCAAGCUGGUGCCGGAGCUGUAUGCGGUGCCGGCGGACAAGGCCGACCUCGAGCAGCAGAAGCCUGGCUCUCAGGAGAGGAUCCCACUUGGCAGAUGCCCAUUUAUUUGGGCACAGUCUCUGUAUAUUCUUGGGAAAUUACUGCAAGAGGGCUUCCUCGCCGUGGGUGAGCUAGACCCGCUAAACCGGCGGCUCUGCAGCGAGAAGAAGCCGGACGUGGUGGUGCAGAUCGUGAUCCUGGCGGAGGACGCGGACAUCCGGGACAAGCUGCUGGAGCACGAGCUGCACGUGCAGACCAUCGCCGAGGUGGCGCCCGUCGAGGUGCAGCCGGCGAGGGUGCUCAGCCAUCUUUACACGUAUUUAGGCAGAAACAAAAAGCUGGGUCUAUCCGGGAGGAAGUCCCGUGACGUCGGCAUACUGAGCACAAGCAAACUGUACUCUCUCAACGACCGCAUCUUCGCAUUCACACCACAGUUUUCUGAUAUGAAACGGUUCUACAUAGCAUCCGAUUACGAGUUGAUGGUCGACACCCUAAAGGCCGAGAUAAACUUCCUGAAAUCUUCAUGGCAAAACCUACUCGGGAGGCCUUUAGUCGUGUUGACUCUAAACCAAAUGUAUUUAGACCACGGAAAAAUACCAAUGGCUCUUAUAACCACGAUGAAGAAGCUCAAGUCUGGCUACAUCAACGGCACUCGGGUGACGCUGGGCAAUCUCGGGGACUUCCUCAACACUUCGGCCAUAACCGACUUGAGCUUCUUGGGAAGUCAGGAAGACGGGUAUCCUGAUAAGCUAAACCCUCAAGUGCAGAGCUACCUCGAACAGCAUCUCCUCAAAUCCUUCAGCAACAAGGUCUCUGUGCUGUCGCACCGCGGCGGGGCGCCCGCGCGGGGGCUGCGCCGGCGCAUGUCCGUCCGGGGCGCCAUCAAGAAGACUAGGAGCAUUAAUGUUGAUUCGGAGACCCUCGGCAUGGAAGGCGAGUACGUGGGUCCCCAGCUGGAGCGCAAGCCGUCGUGGCUGGACGCGCCGCGGGCAGACCCUGAUGAUGCCAGGAAACCCAUCAACAGGGGAACAUCGACGACUAAUCUAGGCGUGGCUCCGAAUCCCACGAUCAAAGUCACCGAGGACUCUAAAGAUAAAUCACCCACACCACCUGGAGAGAAAGGCCUAAUAAACAAGAACUUACCCACCGUCCGAACCCGCACCACCUCCGAAUCCCAAGCUUCCCUCUACGCGGCGCAAGAGCUGGACGAGCUAUUAGCCAUGCUGCGCGAGACGGAGUCUCUGGACGAGCAGGGGGACAUCCUGCAGCACCUGGUGGACACGCACGGCCUGGACCUCAACACCGGAAUGACAGAAAAUGGCAAGAUCGUCAGCGUGAAAGACCUACUAAAAGCCCUAUACGAGAAAGCUUGCUCGCAAAAACUUUGGGGUUUAGUCCGCCAUACUGCCGGCAUGCUCGGCAAAAGAGUGGAAGACUUGGCCAAGGCAGUGACAGAUCUGUUGGUGAGGCAGAAGCAGAUCACAGUGGGAAUGCCGCCGAAUAAUGAACAUACCAUCACUGCGCCGCUACCCGAGAAUGAGUUGAGGCAUCUUAUUCAUUUGGCCUACGGCGACGACGAGUCCACCGCCAUGCUGACCCAGGAGCUGCUGGUGCACCUCGCCAUGUUCAUCCGCACGGAGCCGCGCCUGUUCCUCGAGAUGCUGCGCCUGCGAGUCGGCCUCAUCAUCCAGGUGAUGGCCACCGAGCUGUCUCGCACAUUAUCCUGCGACGGUGAAGAGGCCUCCGAGCAUCUACUGAACCUCUCUCCCUUCGAGAUGAAGAAUCUACUGUACCACAUACUGAGCGGGAAGGAGUUUGCUAUUAAUAGCGCGAACUCCCUCUCAGUAAUAAAGGAUAGGAUUGAUAAAAGCCGAGGUCGUGGAAACUUCUCGAUCGUGAGCAACAAAUCGAACAGAUACGGGAAGAAAUCUCAGAUCAUCCUCGACGGACAGUCUCUGCAGGGCAACAUUGAUGAUGCGCCGAUAUCGGAGCCGGACCGGCAGGGGCAGUGGCUGCGGCGGCGGCGACUGGACGGUGCGCUCAACCGCGUGCCCCGCGACUUCUACUCGAGAGUGUGGGCCGUGCUGGAGAGCUGCCAAGGCCUCGUCAUCCAAGGCAAGAUCCUCCAACCGAACCUAACCCAAGAGAUGACAUCAGGCGAGCUGAAGUUCGCUCUAGCCGUCGAGACAGUCCUGAACUCAAUACCCCAGCCAGAAUACCGUCAGCUAGUGGUCGAAGCGCUUAUGGUGUUGACUCUGGUGGUUGAGCACAAGGUGGUUAAUUCACUGGGAGGGCUGAUGCAGGUGGAGGAGUUGGUUCACACGGCGAAUCAGAUCUUUCUGGAUGAUCAGAUGAAGUGCAACGGCGACGCGACCCUUUGCUGUGCUAAGCCCGCCCCCGACACCACCACCCUGCUCUGCGGGGGCGCGGCGGGCGUGUGCCAACAUCUGUAUGACAGCGCGCCGAGUGGCAGCUACGGGACCAUGACGUACCUGGCGCGAGCCACGGCUAGGCUGCUACAGCCAGACCGACCGGUGGAAUGUACUGUCACGUAGGGACCACAGGAAUGUACAGCUGC